AAGGUCACGUGCUUUUGUUUACUAGGAAGAAGCUAGCAACUAUACAGCUACGUAACCAUCCAUUUAAUCAUCUAUACGGGCUUUAACGUAAUUCAACAAAUAGGUAGUUUUUAGAAAGCAGUUAGGUAUGAAGGAUACAAUGUUAUAUCGCGCUUUUUAGGAGAAACUAACGUUAAUUGUAGCUCCUUAGCCCAUGAGAGCUAAUGUUAGCUUAGCUAGCUAUCAAAAUCAUGAACUAUCUUUGGUCCAGCUAUUAACAGCAGCUUCUCAAAUGAGUGUGAUUUAGCGGUUUUAAAAUAUAGCUAACGAUAGCUAACUAUGCGGUCCUUGAACUACGUUCAACGUGUCGCUUUGGAUUUCACAGGAACUCUGUUUCCUCACGCGAUCUGUCUGGGAGACGCUGACAACGACUCGUUGAACGAGCUGGUUGUGGGCGACACCAACGGGAAGCUGCUUGUGUACAAGAAUGACGACUCCAAACCCUGGGUCACCAGAACCUGUGUGGGCAUGCUGACUUGUGUUGCAGUUGGAGACGUCUGCAACAAAGGAAAGAACUUCGUGGUGGCUGUCGGUGCGGAGGGCUGGUUUCACCUCUUUGACUUGACAGCUGCCACUGCAAGUAAAGCGGAUUCAUCCAGUCAGCAUGAGUUCAUGUCCCCAGACGACCAGAAGCCUCUUUUCACCCAACAUAUUCCUGCCAACACCAAAGUCAUCCUCAUCAGUGAUAUCGACGGUGACGGCCGCAGUGAGCUGGUGGUCGGCUACACGGACCGAGUGGUGCGAGCUUUCCGUUGGGAGGAGCCGUCCGACGGCUCAGAGCUCGGAUCUGGACAGCUGGUUCUGCUGAAGAAAUGGCUUCUGGAGGGGCAGGUGGACAGUUUGUCGGUGAACCCGGGUCCAGAGGGUUUACCAGAGCUGAUGGUGUCUCAGCCGGGCUGUGGCUACGCCAUCCUGCUGUGCUCCUGGACUCAACAGGACUCCAACAGCUCCGGAGAAGAAGCCCCCCCCACCCCUGGGAGUGAGGGACCUUCCAGAGAUGUAGUUCUCCAUCUGACCACCGGGCGGAUACACAACAAGAAUGUUUCCACUCAUCUCAUCGGCAGCAUCAGUAAAGCAGGCUCUAAAGAGGAAUCUUCUACAUGUGGGCUGUUUGCUCUCUGUACUUUAGAUGGCACGCUGAAGUUGAUGGACAGCUCAGAGCAGCUGCUGUGGUCCGUGCAGGUGGAUCAUCAGCUGUUUGCACUGCAGAAGCUCGACGUCACCGGAGACGGCAGAGAGGAGGUGGUGGCGUGCGCCUGGGACGGUCAAACCUACAUCAUUGACCACAAUCGGACUGUCGUGCGGUUCCAGUUCGAUGAGAACGUCAAUGCCUUCUGUGCGGGUCAGUACACAUGUAAGGAGGGUAAGAACAGCCCCUGUCUGGUGUACGUCAGCUUCAAUCACAAAAUCUACAUCUACUGGAAGGUGGAGCUGGAGCGCAUGGAGUCCACCAACAUGUUACGGGUCCUGGAGGAGCAACCGGAGUUCACCAAACACCUGAAGGUGCUGGGAGUCGAUACCGACGACCCGGCAGCAGUGAGAGCACUGGUGGCGAAUGUUCUCUACAAGGAUUCGCAGACUUAGCACACACAUCGACACACUGCUGUCUCCUCUGACUGUAAAUACUCUGUUAAUAAACACCGAUUGUCUGUCUCCUGUGCUGCUGGUCUCUAAUCUGCACUCGCUGCCUCGCUCUCCCCUGAAGAUGAAAGCAUGGGGCACAAUGCAGGGAAAAUAAAAAAACAUCAGCUGAACAAGCGAGGGGCCUUUUUGCUUUUCAUCCUGUGCAGCAUCUCAGAAUUUAAACUUCUGGAAGACAUGAAGCGCUCCAGACGUGACAGCAAGUGUAGUUUGUCAGUGGCUGCAGGGCGUUACAAGAGGUGGUAUUGAAGGAAUCACCCACCGUUCCCAACGGGAGGAUCCUAUAACCACCUAUACAGCCUCUCUCUUUCCUCAUGCAAUAUAAAUUUGUGUGUGUGUGUGUGUGUGUAAAGGGUAAAAGCAGGCUCAGGUGUCCUCGUAGGCCGCAGCCUCUCAUCUCCUGAGUUUCUGCCCUUUAGAGGACGUGUCGGGGGAGAAGCCUUCGCCUAUAGGACCCUCGUCCUGCUCGCUCAGAGCUCCACAGGUCGAGUUGCUGAUGCUGCCGUGUUUUUCUUUGCCGUCACUUGUUGACUUAAAAUUUAAAUCCUCCUCUCAAAUGAAACAUGAGGGUGUAGCUUUUGUCGGUGCAUUUAAAGUUUUUGUCUACAUAAUUACUAAGGGGUGUAUUAAAAAAAGUCAAAUACGAAUAGAAAACUAUAACGUAAGAAGACAGAAAUUGCAAGGUACAGUGACAGUGGUGUGGUUAAAGUGACAGCGUACACCAGACUGAUGGUACAAGUAUAUAAUUGCAUGUUUGUAUAAGUAUAGAGAUAUAAAUAAAGAAUAGAAUAAGACUGAACAUAUUAACAUAAUAUGAUAAAUGAUGAAAGAAUGGGAUAACAGAUAUAUUAUGAGGUGAAAGGUACAUCACAUUAUAUAUUGUUAAGCAAUAUAACAGUAUUAAAAAAGAGUUUAGUAUUAGUAUAAUAUAUAAGUUGUAAAAUGCAGUAUGUCACUUCUAGUUGGUGUCAUUUUAAGAAGCUAAUGAUGUUUUUGACCCCAUCAGCGUUUGAAACAAGCAAGUAAUAUGUAGGUUAUAUUAUCCUUUAUGAUGAUCAUAUGUUCUCCUCACAAAUGUUAAGUGGUGACCUUGUUACUUACUGUUUUAUCUCAAAGUCAACACGUCGGUGGUUCGGCUGCAGUUUGUCCUCAUUAGACGUGAACAUUCCUGCUCAGUGAGUUCAGUCUGAUGUGUGUUUAUGACCAUUAAUGGUCACGUUGUUGUUCUUAUGGAUCCUGUCUGUUACACUGGAUUUAGGUCUGACAUUAACCCUCCGUCUCCUGGUUCCCCAGAGGAAUUAUCAGCCUGUUCAGAAUGCACAGUCCUCCCCUGGUUUCCAGUGCUGGGCCCUGUGUGACUGUGACCUUUGCCCCCCGAGCAGGCAGGCAGGACAUAAAACACGUCUCAUACGUCUGACCCGGAGACAUGAAGUCCACUCGGGGGUAACGGCCUCGACAUGAGCUCGCUGACCUUGUGUGUAUUUUGUGUAUGGUUUUGUCUGCAGCUAUUUUAGCCCCAUCAUUACCACAAUA